GCGCCGGGGCCUGGCGGGGCGGCCGGGGGGUGCCUGGCGGGAUGUUCCGCAAGGCGCGGAGGGUGAACGUGCGCAAGCGGAACGACUCGGAGGAGGAGGAUGAAGAGCGCGAUGAGGAGCCGCCUCAGGAGCCGGCGCCGGCGGCCGGGGCGGCGGGGGAAGGGCCCAGCGAGGCCUCCGCGCCGCCGGGCGCCGGGCUGCUGCCGCUGCCCGCCGGCUGCGUGCCCCUCGCUCUGCCCGGCAGCCCCGCGGCUUUCGCCUGCGCUGCCAGCUACGGAGCGGCUCUCGGCUUGGGGCUGGGCUUGAUGGGAGGCGACCGAGCGGGGCUGGCGGCUCUGGCGGCGCCCGCUGCCCUGCGCCCGCCGCCGCCGCCGCCGCAGCCCCAGCAGGGCAAUGGGCUGCCGGCUGCCGGGCGCCCCAAGGAGAAGAAGCGGUCGCGGGAGAACAAAGAGGUGCCCAGGGCCAGCCUGCUCAGCUUCCAGGACGAGGAGGAGGAAACAGAAGAAGUUUUCAAAGUGAAGAAAUCAAGUUACAGCAAAAAGAUUGUAAAACAGUUGAAGAAGGAAUACAAAGAAGAUCUUGAAAAAUCAAAAGUUAGAACAGAGGUCAAUUCUCCAACAGAUGUUGAAGCACCACUAGAAAAGAUAGGACAGAAUAAAGAUGUAGGCCAAGAAGAUGGGACUGCAAACAGUGAGCAUGGUGAAGAAGAAAUGGAAGUUGAAAGUGAGAAGGAAGAAGAAAAACCAAAAGCUGGUGGUGCUUUUUCAAGUGCUCUGUCAUCACUGAAUGUUCUCCGCCCAGGAGAAAUUCCAGAUGCUGCUUUUAUUCAUGCCGCUAGGAAAAAGCGUCAAAUGGCUCGUGAACUUGGAGACUUUACCCCCGUUGACUCUGAACCAGGUAAAAGCCGCCUUGUUCGAGAAGAUGAAAAUGAUGCCAGUGAUGAUGAAGAUGAUGACGAGAAGAGGAGGAUAGUUUUUACAGUGAAGGAAAAAUCCCAAAGGCAAAAGAUUGCUGAGGAAAUAGGUAUUGAGGGAAGCGAUGAUGAAGCACUAGUGGCAGGGGAACAAGAUGAAGAACUCAGUAGGUGGGAGCAAGAGCAGAUACGAAAAGGAAUCAACAUACCCCAGGUUCAACCAAGUCAGCCUGCAGAAGUGAAUAAUGUGUACUACCAGAACACUUACCAGACACUGUCUUAUGGUUCAUCAUAUGGCAUUCCAUACACCUAUGCUGCGUAUGGAUCAUCGGAAACCAAGUCUCAAAAAACAGAUAAUACAGUUCCUUUCAAAACUCCCAGUAAUGAGAUGACUCCUGUUACUAUUGAUUUGGUAAAGAAACAGCUUAAAGACAGGUUGGACUCUAUGAAAGAAAUGCACAAAGCUAAUCGGCAGCAAUAUGAGAAACACCAGCAAAGCCAAGAGGACUCUACCAAGGCAAUUGAAAGAUUAGAAGGGUCUUCUGGGGGUAUUGGUGAACGGUAUAAGUUUUUGCAAGAAAUGCGAGGGUAUGUCCAAGACUUGCUUGAGUGUUUCAGUGAAAAGGUGCCUCUGAUUAAUGAACUUGAAUCUGCAAUGCACCAGCUGUACAAACAGCGAGCUUCCCGCCUUGUCCAAAGACGACAAGAUGAUAUUAAAGAUGAAUCUUCGGAGUUUUCAAGCCAUUCAAAUAAAGCACUGAUGGCUCCAAAUCUUGAUUCUUUUGGGCGAGACAGAGUGAUCUAUCAAGAGCAAGUCAAGCGUCGGACUGCAGAAAGAGAGGCUAGAAGAGCUCGCCGCAGACAAGCCAGAGAGCAAACUGGGAAGAUGGCAGAUCACCUUGAAGGCCUUUCCAGCGAUGACGAGGAAACUUCAACAGAUAUCACAAACUUCAACUUGGAGAGAGAUCGUAUAUUGAAAGAAUCCAGCAAAGUUUUCGAAGAUGUUUUGGAAAGUUUUUACUCGAUUGAUUGCAUCAAGUCACAGUUUGAAGCUUGGCGCUCCAAGUACUUUGCUUCUUAUAAGGAUGCUUAUAUUGGCCUGUGUUUACCAAAGCUGUUUAACCCUUUAAUCAGACUUCAGCUGCUUACCUGGACUCCUUUGGAGGGCAAGUGUCGAGAUUUUGAAACAAUGUUGUGGUUUGAGUCAUUGCUGUUUUAUGGCUGUGAAGAGCAGGAGCAGGUGAAGGAUGAUGCUGAUAUUUCACUGUUGCCUACCAUUGUAGAGAGAGUUGUUCUUCCUAAAUUAACAGUAAUUUCUGAAAAUAUCUGGGAUCCCUUUUCUACCACACAGACAUCAAGAAUGGUAGCAAUUGUACAGAAACUAAUAGAUGGAUAUCCCUCAGUGGUGAAUGCAGAAAACAAAAAUACACAAAUGCUUUUAAAGGCCUUGUUGCUAAGAAUGAGGAGAACACUAGAUGAUGAUGUAUUCAUGCCCUUGUAUCCAAAAAACAUCUUAGAAAACAAGAACUCUGGUCCAUAUUUGUUUUUCCAACGUCAGUUUUGGUCCUCUGUUAAGUUAUUGGGAAACUUUCUCCAGUGGUAUGGAAUCCUUUCAAACAAAACUCUACAGGAGCUCUCCAUAGAUGGGUUGCUAAAUAGAUACAUUCUUAUGGCUUUUCAAAACUCAGAGUAUGGAGAGGACAGCAUUAAGAAAGCUCAAAGUGUAAUUGCUUGCUUCCCUAAGCAGUGGUUCACUAAUCUAACGGGAGACAAGACUAUUUCUCAGCUAGAAAACUUCUGUAGAUACCUUGUUCACCUGGCUGAUACAAUUUACAGAAACAGCAUUGGUUGCUCUGAUGUAGAGAAGAGAAAUGCAAGGGAGCACAUCAAGCAGAUUGUGAAACUUCUAGCAAGUAUCCGAGCUCUGGAUCAUGCUGUUACUGUUGCAAAUGAUCACAACGUAAAAGAGUUCAAGAUUCUAAUAGAAGGAAAAUAGACUUUUCCCACCAUCCAUUUUGAGCUUUAAAACCAUUCCUGAUGUGUAAUUUAUGUACAUAUGUAAAGUUUCUUAAACUGUAAAGUAUUGAUCUUUGUUUUAAUACAAAGUGCAUUCUUAUAUACAUCCUUAAAAAUAAAAAUCAUUGACUUCACUGAAAACAAAAA